AUGUCUCCUCCGACCGUGCCUCCUACUGGGGUGGAUGGCGUGUCCGCCUACCUGAUGAAGAAAAGGCACACUCACAAGAAGCAGCGGCUUAAGCCCACUUUCCUCACUCAUAGGAACAUCGUUGGCUGCCGCAUUCAGCACGGCUGGAAAGAAGGCAACGAGCCAGUGGAGCAAUGGAAGGGUACUGUGCUCGAGCAGGUUUCCGUGAAGCCCACUCUCUAUAUAAUUAAAUACGAUGGCAAAGACAGUGUGUACGGACUAGAACUGCACAGAGACAAGAGAGUUUUAGCUCUGGAAGUUCUUCCCGAGAGAGUUCCGUCUCCUCGCAUUGAUUCCCGCCUGGCAGAUUCCCUGGUUGGGAAAGCAGUGGGACACGUGUUCGAAGGUGAGCACGGCAAGAAAGAUGAGUGGAAGGGCAUGGUGUUGGCGCGAGCUCCCAUAAUGGACACUUGGUUCUACAUCACCUACGAGAAAGAUCCGGUCCUCUAUAUGUACACCUUGCUGGAUGACUACAAAGAUGGUGACCUGCGUAUCAUCCCAGAUUCCAACUACUACUUCCCUACAGCAGAACAGGAGCCAGGGGAGGUGUUCGACAGUCUUGUGGGCAAGCAGGUGGAGCACGCCAAAGACGACGGAUCCAAGAGAACUGGCAUCUUUAUCCAUCAGGUGGUGGCCAAGCCGUCUGUCUACUUCAUCAAGUUUGACGACGAUAUUCACAUUUAUGUCUACGGUUUGGUGAAAACCCCAUAAACUUAUAGUGAACUGGGGGAAUUAUUGGAGGUAAAAUAUUUGACGUUCUCAAAAUUAUGUGUUUUGAGAACAAUUUUGAGGUCAAAAGUUCAGGACGGUUGGUAAAUCUUAGUGUGCCUCUAUAUCUUAUAUUCACUAUUGCUCGGUUUUGAAUCAAGUGUAUGUUAGUACUUUCAUUGUUUAUUUGUUUUGUAGUUGAGAAUUUAAAUUGGUUGCUAAGAAAGAAGUUAAAAAAUGUUUGAAUCCACUGACACAAUUCAGAAGUAGAUAAACUGUGCAACAUGUCUCCGUCCAGAUUAGUUUGAGAACUUGGUUUUUAUCUUAGGAUGUUUUCCCUACUCAGAAAGUUCGAUGUAGCUUUUGUAAGAUUCACCAGCCGACGUGCAGUCAUCUCUGCCUCUCAGCCUGACACUUCCUCUCACAACUGUGUACACACUUUGCCAAAAAGUACUCAUUCUGUUGUUGGUGAUCAUUUCUUUCCCUUUGGACUUGUAUUGCUGUUUUAUUGUAUUCGGGUGCUCUUAUGUCUAUGGAAGUGUUAAGUAAGCAUAUAUAUGUGUGUGUGUGUGUGUGUGUGUGUGUGUGUGUGUGAAAUAUUGCAAGGCUGGCGUUCACUGGUCUUUAAUGUUUGAAAAGCUGACUGGUAAAAAGUUCCAUGAUUUUCCUGAUUAGUUUGUUUGGUGUUUACCUGACUCAAUGAGAUUUAUUUUUCUACUUGGGAUAUUUCUCUUUUGUGUUUUGCUAAUUCUUAUCCUUUGUUCUUUUAGCUGUUCAAUUGAUAUAUUUUCAUAUAAAGUAGUAGGAAUGUCUACAAUGAAAGUACAUUGUAAUCAUUUGUAUUUCAUGUGUUAAUGAAUUUUACUUUAUAUGAUUAAUUUUGACUUUAUUGAUAAUAUUGUUCACUUUAUAAUUUUUAAAACUUUAAGUAAUUUUAUAAUUUUAAAACAUUAUCUCUUAUGAGUUUUUGAUUUCUUAUUUUUCAGACAGAUAUCUCUAAGUCACACCAGUAUUCACUUUGUUUUUCUCAUAAUUUUUAUUUCAGUUUUUAUCUAUCUGAAAUUUAUUUUUCCAUAUAGAAAUACAUAUGGAUUAACUACAACUUUUUUCACAUAGUCAAUUGUAGAAAUUACUUUUUUUGAAAUUACUUUUUUUUAAAGAUCACAUUUUUUAAUUUUUUGAGUGAAAAUGAGUUUUAAACAUAGUGGCUGACCAUAAGUUUCAAAGCUGGAAUAACAAAUUCCCUUUCAAUAGUUGUUUUUUUCUUCCUUAUUAUAAUUAAUUCAUCCUCUACAUUCAUCUAUUCACAAGAAAACUCAAUGCAUUUUAUUAAUAUUUUGAAAAGGAUCUGAUACCUAUUGGAAUUACAUCAAUUUUAUGUAUUCUUACAUAUAAGAAUAAUAUUAAUAGUUAUAUUAUUCCUUAACAUGCAAGAGUUUUGGUUCAUUAGUGAAAUAUUUUUAUCAUUUUUAUUACAUUCUUCAUAUAGAUCAUUCAUAUUUAAUGGAAUUUAUUUUUGCAGUUGACAAAUUUUGGAAUAAAUUGAGCAUUUUUUCCUCCUUAUAUGUAACUUUUUAUUUUUAUCAAAAAAGGAAAUCUAUAGAUUUUAUAUUUUUAUCUUUUAUCCAAUGAAUUUAUUUAAUCCUAUAGAUUACAUUGGAUUCUGUUAGAAACUUUUGGAUUUUCUUGAUAUAUACAAUAAUUUUACAUAUAAAGAGAGAUCAUUUUAUUUCUUCUAAUGCUUAUACUUUUUAGCAUUACAUUAGCUGUAUUCUCCACAGCAAUGAUGUGUAUGAUGAUGGCAGACAUGCCUAUUCUAUUUUAAUUUUUAUGAAUAAUUUUACUGUUUCAUGUUUGAUUUCGUUGUUGAUUGUUGGUAAGUAGUUAUUCAUGUGUUGAGAAAUUUCUCCUAUUUCUGUUUUUACAUAGCAUUACCUUUAGAAAUGUCUCCUCUUUUUUAUCAAUGUUUUUUCAAUAUCCGUUAUUAAAAUUAUGUUUUUCCUUUAAUUUUUUGAUAUAUGAUUUAUUAGAAAAUUGGGUAUUUAGUACUAAAACAAACAUGCAUUUCUGAAAUAAAUGCUACCUGGUCAUGGUAAAAUGAUCAUUUAUUAUUUUGCUUUAUUUUAUUUACCAAUAAUUCACUUAGAGUUGGAUUUGCAUUUCAAAAUGAAGUUGCAUUUUAGGUUAUUCUUUUUAUUUUUAAUUAAACUAACAGACAACUGGUUGUGUCAUAUUUUUUUCUUUCUUACCCUGUCUAUAUGAAACUUUGUUAUUAAAAUUCUGUUGGCUUAAAACAGAAUUUUUUUGCGAAGUAGUUUAAAUGGCAUUAGAAAUGUUCUUCAAAAGUUAGGUGGGACUAAGCUGUAAAGCAGUCUAAUCCUGGGAACAUGGUUGAUGAUGGGUGAAUCUAAUGAGUUUCCUGAUAUUUUCCCAGCAGCAAUUGGCUUUUUCAGACUUUUUGGUAAUACAGAAUAUAUAUUUUUCUGUCAUUUACAGAAUAUAUAUUCUCUGUCAAUUACAUAUAAAGUUGAAUGUUGUUUAUAUUAUAAAAUUUGCUGAUUAUAUUUUUUCAGGUGCUUCAUGUCCUUGUAUAUUUAAUGUGAAUUAGAUUUGUCCAGUUCAGAAAAUGUAAGAAAAUUAUCAGCUAUAAUGAUAAUAUAAUUAUCUUUGUAUUCUUUUAUUUACUAGAAAAAUAAGACAAAAUAUAAGAAACUAUGAAAGAUGUGAAAAACAUUUGUUUACCUCCACUUCAAAUUAUCAAAUAUCAAUACUUUGUCAUAUUUGCUUUAAAUGAAGAUUUAUAUUAAAAUUAAUCAGUGUUAAUGGCUAAUAACUUCAUUUUCUACCACCAUACCACCUCUUCUGUAGAAGCAGACACUAUCAUGUAUUUGGUGCUCAUGUUUUAUAUAUUUACUCAAAAUAAAUUAUAUACAAAUAAAACUAUAACCAAUAAUUAUAA